GGCUCCAGCGCAUGAGCCUGGGGUCUCUAGCGCGGGCUGGCGUACCAGGUACUUCGCUGGCCCCUCCGAGAGCCCGUGCAGCGACCAAAUGGUACGAUGGGGGAGAUUGAGGGAGCUUCGACAAGGAGAACAAGGCCCGGGAGAAGCCGAGCGUCGUGUCAAGGCUGCGUUGCUUUGACUUCAAUGCGUCUCUUUCAUCUUUUGGGGAUAUUGGAAUGGGGAGAGGAAGGAUGAUGAUGAUGCAGUGGGACGGCGCAGGCGAGAUGAAGGGGACAGAGAGAGAGAGAGAGAGAGAGAGAAGAAAGAGAUGGGCAGAGCAGAGGAGAGGGCACGAACUCAGAGACUGUUUCGACCGCGGAAACUCCUGCCAUGUAUGUACGAGUAUGAGUCUUGCGUUUCUGUGGACAGACGGACAAUGCAAUGCAGGAUCCAAGUACGAGUUACAAGGCCGCAGUCAAUGGCGUACAUGUAUCGAUUUGUUCGCCAAAACUGGCUCUUGGGCUUGGGCUUGGGACAGAGGGCGGGAUGUGGGUAUGCACUAAACCGAGCUUGAAACUCAGUGAAGAAAAAAAAAGACCACCAGACAGCAUUG